CAGAGAGAUACGGGUCGCAAUCGAGGAGACCAUAGCGAGAGGAUAAGGAGCAGGGCCAUUUGUCGAUCCGGGCUUUGUACCGUAACUAAUCAAUGGAGGGCAGUAGAGGCUGACAGGCGGAAUCACUAUCUUCCCCGAGCACCGUCUUCUGCUUUGGCUAUUGUCGAGAUUCCAAAAGAAUCACAAAGCACGACGGCAAGCUUUCUUGGGACGAAAGAUUUUGGGGAAUUAAAUGGACCAGGAGAAGCCCCAGAUAGUGGAUGGCGGCGGGAUUCUUGGACCAGCUAUCCCCCUGGAAUCGCCAUUCUUCUAGUGAGCAUGGACGGCUAUGCAAUGGAGAUGGGGAAGAUAAUUGAGUGAUUAUCUACCAGAUUCACAGAUGAUUCAAAUCACGUCGACUUAAUUUAGGAGGUGAGUGUAAAGGGGUAAAUUCUACGCCUUACGGUAUUUAAGUUGUUGAGAUUUGACUGCUAUAUGUCGUACUUACCUUUGUAUGCUUAUAUGAUGUCAUAUGAUUUGUGUGAGUUAUGCUUUAAUACAAAACAUACACAAAG